GCCUCUGGCAGCUUGACGCACUACUGACAGGAGUAUUUUUCCAAGCGAGUGCGUCGAGGGUGCAGCCAUUUCUCGCACUCCUUCCAGCUUCUCUCGCAUUUCUUCAGACCCAAAUCUCUCUCGGUGACGGAAACCGCCUGAGUAAAGGCAGGUCAGACUCCCCUCUUUGUUUACUGAGCUGGUUUCCUCGCCAGCUGAACCACGUCGGGAUGGACCCAGCGAGCCGUUACCAAGUGUUGCACAAUGAGGAAGAUUCUUCAGAGACUUCCAGCGUAGAGCAGCAGCCCUGCACCUCUGCAUCAGCCAGAGCCGACGCGUCCGGCCCGGACCAGAGGGAGUCUGAGGCCAGCGCGGCUCCGGCCCCCUCAGCGGGGGAGGCUGAUGCGCCCCCGCCUCCGUACGCCUCCAUCGACCUGGGGGCGACCGCCGCGGCACCUGAAUCCAGCUUCCAAGGCGACUUCCCCGUUCCUCCACCCUACAGUGUCGCCACGUCACUGCCAACCUAUGAUGAAGCAGAGAAGGCUAAAGCAGCCGCGCUGGCGGCCUCCGCCCUGGAGGUGUUGCCCCGGGACGAUGACUUCCCCCCAAGAGACGACUUCAGCGACGCUGAUCAGCUCAGAGUCGGGAAUGACGGGAUCUUCAUGUUGGCCUUCUUCAUGGCCUUUCUCUUCAACUGGAUUGGCUUCUGUCUGUCGUUCUGUCUGACCAAUACCAUCGCUGGACGCUACGGUGCCAUCUGUGGCUUCGGCCUCUCGCUCAUUAAGUGGAUCCUCAUCGUCAGGUUCUCAGACUACUUCACUGGCUACUUUAACGGCCAGUACUGGCUCUGGUGGAUCUUCCUGUUGCUAGGCCUCCUGCUGUUCUUCAGAGGAUUUGUGAACUACCUAAAAGUACGCAACAUGUCAGAAAACAUGGCCACAUCGCACAGAACACGCCUUUUCUUCCUAUACUGAAAGUUUCCACGCCGCCAGCAUUCCUUUCCAGCGCAGUUCCUUCCCUCGCCCUCGCAUGACCUGACAGAGGAGCCCGACAGAAACAAGAGGAAGCAGGGAAGGAAUGAAGAAAUGUUACUGGUUUAAUCCAUCUUUUCUAGAACAAUUCGACCCACCCUAAAGAAAGUCUGCGCUUCUGAACUGAGCCCAAAAAAAAAAAAGAUGAAUUUUCAUUCUCUCCUCCAAAUCCGCCUUUUUUUAAAUUUUUGUUUUUUUUGGCUUUUGUCGGGCUUACUCGUCGUGUUUCACAAAGCACAAUGGUGAAAACAAUCUCGCAAAAAUGAAGGAGUUUAUUCAAACGAAUUCAAUCUAACAAUUUAGUUUUGCAUAUUCAGUGUUAACAAGAGUUCCUUUUUUCCGUACCUCUGUUGUCCACAGAAAAGGUGGGUGUCAAACAGCCUGAACUAGUCUUACUUUAACUGUGACGUAGCAUUGCUUUACAGAAAAACCAAUCCAGAAAUGUGGAGCCCGGAAUGCACCACCUGUAACGAGAACAAACCUCCGUUUGGAUAAACAGUUUUCUUCACUUUAAAGUAGAUUCAAGUUCCAAAGCUUUAGGACUUGAUUUCACAGCAUACGCCAAGUUAAUCUCAACUCUUAUGCUUCAAAACACUCUUUUUGUCUGAAGUCGUCCAUACUUUUAUUCUUGAGAACAUGUAAGAUAAAAAGAGCUAAUCAAUGACGUCUAUUUUUGGAUAAAACAGUGUUUGAAGCUGCACAAGGUCUCAUCAGGUCAGCUGCAACCCCUCGUUCUGGUGCUGUGGAUGGGGAAGUGUGUUCACACACACAGUGCUUUGCUUUUUUUUCCCCCUGUUGGUUUUAUUUCAAAAACGCUCUUUGGAGGGCGACAGUCUUAUGCAAUUUAGAUGUAAUGAAUUUUAGUUAUCGUGGCUGUAAGGUUGUGCGUUAUUAAAGUAGAUUUAGUCGAUUCGUUUAACCACCGCAGGCCGGUCCAAUUAAAAGAACCAGAACUUCGCGAAGAAACGCCGAGCUGACUUGUUCUGCGAGACGCAGACGGAUCGCGCUUCUAGAUUCGGUUUGGGUGUUAAUAACUUUUUCUUUCCUGUUUGGAGUGGAGACGAGGCGCGGCUUUGUUAAAUAAAAGAACAGCAGCAGGAGUUGAGGUGAUCCAGGAGCGUGACGGCGAGGGUUGGCGUUCGGUCGGGUUUGACUGGAGCCUGAGAAGAUGAAACGGAACCUCAUUAGAAGAGAAUAAAGUUUUUAUUUUAUUUUUUUUGUUAUUAAAUGAAACGUGUAUAUACAAGCUUAUGCCGUUUUAUAAUAUUUGCACUUUGAAGUUCUGAGAUUUGUGAAUCUCCUAAACUUGAUGUGGGGGUAGAAAACAUACAUUGAUCUUAGCCAUCCGAGCUUUUUUUUUUUUUUUAAACUGGAAUUCUUAAUCAUCUGCCUUUUGCACUUAUUUGUCAAAAAUAAUAUUUAUAUGUCUUGUUUCAUUGCUUUUAACCUAAACUGUGACAGCUUGAGAAUUGCCAAACCUUUUUUUUUUAUUAUUAUUAUUUUGUUUUCAAAAAUUGACAGAUCAUAUCUUCAUCCAGCCUCCUUCAGCAAUAUCAAGGUCUUUCAGUGAAUUCGAGCUGUACUGCAUGAUUUACCCUCCUGAACUAGUUUGGCUGGGUAACGUUAGGAUUAAUCUGCAAAUCCAUGUUUGUCUUUGUAAAUAUGGUAAGUAAGGGGUGUUAUUUCUCUGAGGCGAGACUCAGAAAAUCAUCUCAAGCAGUUGGUAUGCAUUUACUAUAACUGGAAAUAAAAUGACAGCUCUUGCAAAAAAAAACAAAAUGCCAAUAAAGUUCAAAAGCCUGCCACUCA